CAGCGGCUGUGGUGCGAGGGGCCCGGCGGCGGCCCGGGACGGCUGCGGGAGGCCGAGGCGGGAGCCCGAGGGGCUGAGGCGGCGGCCGGGGCCGGGCGGCGGAGCCAGCCGGGCGCGGAGGGGCUCCCCCCGCGGGACGGGCGCGGGGCGGCUCCGGGGGGCGGGGGCCGGGCCGGCGCGCGCCGGGUAUGAUGACCCGGCGGCGGGGCCCCGGAUCGCGUCUCCUCCGCCGCCUGCUCGCGGCGGCCCCAGCUCGCGGCUGAGAACCAGACACACCGGCGGUAUGGCAUCGCAGCUGCAGGUGUUCUCCCCCCCAUCAGUGUCGUCCAGUGCCUUCUGCGGUGCGAAGAAAUUGAAAAUAGAGCCCUCCGGCUGGGAUGUUUCUGGACAGAGCAGCAACGACAAAUAUUACACCCACAGCAAAACCCUCCCAGCCACACAAGGGCAAGCCAGCUCCUCUCACCAGGUAGCAAACUUCAACAUCCCUGCUUAUGACCAGGGCCUCCUCCUCCCAGCCCCUGCCGUGGAGCACAUCGUGGUGACGGCUGCUGACAGUUCGGCCAGUGCCGCUACGUCGACCUUCCAGAGCAGCCAGACCCUGACUCACAGGAGCAACGUUUCUUUGCUUGAGCCAUAUCAAAAAUGCGGAUUGAAAAGAAAAAGUGAGGAAGUGGACAGCAACGGUAGCGUGCAGAUCAUAGAAGAACAUCCCCCUCUCAUGCUGCAAAACAGGACUGUGGUGGGUGCCGCUGCCACGACCACCACUGUGACCACAAAGAGUAGCAGUUCCAGUGGAGAAGGGGAUUACCAGCUGGUCCAGCAUGAGAUCCUUUGCUCUAUGACCAACAGCUACGAAGUCUUGGAGUUCCUGGGCCGGGGAACGUUUGGGCAGGUGGCUAAGUGCUGGAAGCGGAGCACCAAGGAAAUCGUGGCUAUUAAAAUCCUGAAGAACCACCCCUCGUAUGCCAGACAAGGACAGAUCGAAGUGAGCAUCCUCUCCCGCCUAAGCAGUGAGAAUGCGGAUGAGUAUAAUUUUGUGCGUUCUUACGAGUGCUUUCAGCAUAAGAAUCACACCUGCCUUGUGUUCGAGAUGCUGGAGCAGAACUUAUAUGAUUUUCUAAAGCAGAACAAGUUCAGCCCACUGCCACUCAAGUACAUCAGACCAAUCUUGCAGCAGGUGGCCACAGCCCUGAUGAAGCUCAAGAGCCUUGGUCUUAUCCAUGCUGACCUUAAGCCAGAAAACAUAAUGCUGGUUGAUCCAGUGCGCCAGCCCUACCGAGUGAAGGUCAUUGACUUUGGUUCUGCUAGUCACGUUUCCAAGGCUGUGUGCUCGACCUACUUGCAGUCACGCUACUACAGAGCCCCUGAAAUCAUCCUGGGACUGCCGUUUUGUGAAGCCAUUGACAUGUGGUCUCUGGGCUGCGUGAUAGCCGAGCUGUUCCUGGGGUGGCCUCUUUACCCGGGUGCCUCUGAGUACGAUCAGAUUCGGUAUAUUUCGCAAACACAAGGCCUGCCGGCUGAAUACCUUCUCAGCGCCGGGACAAAGACAACCAGGUUUUUCAACAGAGAUCCCAAUUUGGGGUACCCACUGUGGAGGCUCAAGACUCCUGAAGAACAUGAAUUGGAGACUGGAAUCAAAUCAAAAGAAGCUCGAAAGUACAUUUUUAAUUGUUUAGAUGACAUGGCUCAGGUGAAUAUGUCCACAGACUUAGAAGGAACAGACAUGCUGGCGGAGAAGGCGGAUCGCAGAGAAUACAUUGACCUCUUGAAAAAAAUGCUGACGAUCGACGCAGAUAAGAGAGUCACUCCUCUUAAAACCCUGAACCACCAGUUCGUGGCCAUGACUCACCUCUUGGACUUCCCACACAGCAACCACGUUAAGUCUUGUUUUCAGAACAUGGAGAUCUGCAAACGGAGAGUUCACAUGUACGAUACAGUGAGUCAGAUCAAGAGUCCCUUCACCACGCACGUCGCUCCAAAUACAAGCACAAAUCUCACCAUGAGCUUCAGCAACCAGCUCAACACCGUGCACAAUCAGGCCAGUGUUUUGGCUUCCAGUUCCACUGCAGCAGCGGCGACUCUGUCCCUGGCCAACUCGGACGUCUCCCUGCUGAACUACCAGUCGGCUCUGUACCCGUCCUCUGCAGCGCCGGUGCCUGGAGUCGCGCAGCAGAGCGUCUCCUUGCAGCCUGGGACCACCCAGAUCUGCACUCAGACUGAUCCGUUCCAGCAAACCUUCAUCGUGUGCCCACCUGCGUUUCAAACUGGACUCCAGGCAACAACAAAGCAUUCUGGAUUCCCUGUGAGGAUGGAUAAUGCUGUGCCCAUCGUCCCCCAGGCGCCAGCCGCUCAGCCACUGCAGAUACAGUCGGGAGUUCUCACGCAGGGAAGCUGUACACCAUUAAUGGUAGCAACUCUCCACCCUCAAGUAGCCACCAUCGCGCCGCAGUACGCGGUGCCCUUUACUCUGAGCUGCGCCGCCGGCCGCCCGGCGCUGGUGGAACAGACUGCUGCUGUACUGCAGGCCUGGCCCGGAGGAACCCAACAAAUUCUCCUGCCUUCCGCUUGGCAACAGUUGCCCGGGGUGGCUCUGCACAACUCCGUCCAGCCCACAGCAGUGAUCCCAGAGGCCAUGGGCAGCGGCCAGCAGCUCGCAGACUGGAGGAACGCCCACUCGCACGGCAGCCAGUACGGCGCCGUCCUGCAGCCGCCGUCCUUGCUCGCCAGCCACGUGACUCUGGCCGCCGCUCCACCCCUGAACGUCGGUGUCGCCCACGUUGUCAGACAGCAGCAGUCCAGCUCCCUGCCUGCGAAGAAGAACAGGCCGUCUGCUGGGGGCUCUUCCAAGUCUUCUCUGGACGCCCUGCCUUCUCAAGUCUGCUCCCUGGUUGGGAGCAGCCCCCUCCGCCCCACGUCCUCCUACAAGUCCCUGGCGCCCGUGCAGGACCAGCACCAGCCGAUCAUCAUUCCGGACACUCCCAGCCCUCCUGUGAGCGUCAUCACCAUCCGCAGUGACACGGACGAGGAAGAGGACAGCAAAUACAAGCCCAGUAGCUCCGGCCUGAAGGCAAGGUCGAAUGUCAUCAGCUACGUCACUGUCAACGACUCUCCGGACUCGGACUCCUCCUUGAGCAGCCCCUACUCCUCAGACGCCCUGAGUGUUCUCCGGGGCGACAGCGGGCCCCUCCCCGAGGGGUCCGGCAGAGGCGGGGGCGACGGCACCAACACCCGCACCAUCAUUGUGCCUCCGCUGAAGACUCAGCCCGGCGACUGCACUGUGGCCACCCAGGCCUCGGGUCUCCUGAGCAGUAAGACCAAGCCGGUGGCCUCAGUGAGCGGGCAGUCGUCUGGAUGCUGCAUCACCCCCACGGGGUACCGAGCUCAGCGAGGGGGGGCCAGCGCAGUGCAGCCGCUCAACCUUAGCCAGAACCAGCAGUCGUCCUCGGCGCCAGCCCCACAGGAGAGAAGCAGCAACCCUGCCCCCCGCAGGCAGCAGGCGUUUGUGGCCCCGCUCUCCCAAGCCCCCUACGCCUUCCAGCAUGGCAGCCCACUGCACUCAACGGGGCACCCACACCUGCCCCCGGCCCCUGCUCACUUGCCAAGCCAGCCUCACCUGUAUACGUACGCGGCCCCCACCUCUGCUGCCGCGCUGGGCUCCACCAGCUCCAUUGCUCAUCUCUUCUCCCCCCAGGGCUCCGCGAGGCACGCCGCAGCCUACACCACCCACCCCAGCACUCUGGUGCACCAGGUCCCCGUCAGUGUGGGGCCCAGCCUCCUCUCCUCGGCCAGCGUGGCCCCUGCUCAGUAUCAGCACCAGUUUGCCACCCAGUCCUACAUGGGGUCGUCCCGGGGCUCCGCCAUCUACACUGGAUACCCACUGAGCCCGACCAAGAUCAGCCAGUAUUCCUACCUGUAGUUGCGGAGCCCCGCAGCCGCCCUCUCCUGGCCCCGAGCUCUUCACUGUGGGCUCCCGUAGCCUCUCCUUCACUCUCUCUGGAAACUCCGUAGCCAGCACCUUGCUCCGCAGGGGCCACUGAAGCAGAAGCGUUUUCUCCGGGGACCUGUGUCGGUGUCGACCGCGUCGCUGCAGCCUCCCAGAGUCCGCCCUCCUUGUCACUCUGUGUCUCGGUGAUAGCAGUCUGGUGUUCAGGAGAGUUCGGGUGCCCAGGGAGGAAUGAUCAUUCUGAAGUUACCCUCUGAAAAAUAUUUUGUCUCUCUUUUUCUAUAAAUGCUCAUAAAAACAAGUGAAGCCCCUUUUUAUUUUGUUUUGUCAUAGUUGCUGUUUGGAGGGAAAAUGCUGAUGGAAGGACUUGAAAUCUGGCAAUAAGUGAGAAAAGAAAAAUCAUUACUUUUGCUGUUUAGGAACCAAGACUUAAUUGCCUACUUUAAGAGUAGCUCUCACAAGUCCUCAUCUUACUAUCAGGCAUUUUUCCUCAGAAUUUUACUUUUGUUUGUGAGCUGUUUAAAUCUGCAGUGCUUUGGUUCUGUUCUCAUGUCACACUGUGCUGAAGGGUCAGUUGCUACUUCUGCGGGACGAGUGCUGCUCCGUGUCACUGCUGUGGGGUUCUCUCGGCUGCGCCUGGGUCCGGUCCACAGUGGCGUGUAAGGGGCAGCUCUCCGUCUGCCGGCUGGCUUCCCGCGAGAAUCCAUUCCUGCCGUGGGAACACAGAACACCCAGUGUUCUUUUUAAAUGAAGCACCACGCGUUCUUUGAAAAUUAUUUUUUAAAAAGUCCUUCUCUGGUUCAGCUUCAAUUUUAUUAUGGAAAAGCCAUGUAGGUGGUGGUUAUUGUGUGAUGGCGGUGGUUUUAUUAUAUGCAAAAAUCUCUUCGUAUUAUGUGAUACUGGCAUUAAUGAGCUUUGCCUAAAGAUUAGUGUAGAAUGAAUUUUCAAUACUACACCUCCUUUCUCCUCGCCUCCUCUCUCCCUCCUGUUGUCUGUGAUUUGUCUGGGGAGCAAGCUGAGGAAUCUGAAACCAGAUGAGAACAUUGUGUGUAGCUUUUAUACCUAGAGUAGCUUCCUUUGUAUGCCAGCAGCGAAUCGAAUGCUCUCUUAUUAAGACUUAUACAGUAAGUGCAUGUAGGAAUUGCAGAAAAUAUUUUAAAAUUUUAUUACUGAAUUUAAAAAUAUUUUAGAAGUUUUGUAAUGGUGGUGUUUUAAUAUUUUGCAUAAUUAAAUAUGUACAUAUUGAUUAGAAAAAUAUAACAAGCAAUUUUUCCUGCUAACCCGAGAUGUUAUUUGUGAUCAAAUGUGUAGUGAUUACACCUGACUUGUGUGUUUAGUGUGUGUCUGACCCUCCAGUGUUACCCCGGAGAUGGCACUGGUGCCUCCAUUGUAUUUAAACCAAAAGGAACUGAUGCCUGUUGGAAUGUAUGUGAACUAAUUGCAGGUAUAUUAGAGCGUAUCACUGUAGUGCUGAGUGAGCAGGGGCACUGCCUGCGAGGGGGGAGACCCUUGGAAUCGUUUUGCACAGGUGUGUCUGGUGAGGAGUCGUGCGGUGUGUGUCUCUGCCCUCCCUGCCCCCCUUCCCUUAUUGUAGUGCCUUACAUGACAGUGUGGAGGUGGGACAGUUUACAGUGAGCCCGCCUCAGGGCGGACCAGCCAGCCCGGCGGGGCCCCCUCCGAUGGCUGGGAUUUGUCAGAACAGGACGAGCAGCAGCCGUCGGGGUGUCCGUGCAUCGUCCUCGGCCUCCCUGCCGACGCUGAAAACCAGAAACAGCAGCUCUUCUCCUCCGCUGUUCUGCCCCCUUUGCGUUUCGGCCUUGCAGCCAAGCUCUCCCAGAGCCGUUCCCCCCCCCCCCCCCCGUGGCUCUCACGGCGCAUCGCUGCCCUGUUGCUGUGAGCACCUGGGGAGCCGUGAGGGGGGCAAGCCAGGAUUUACUAGGCAUUUCUCCUUUUUAAAAAAGUAUGUGCAAUCACUUGGAGAAUGAAAUUCCCCCCCCCCACUUUUCCCAUGGGGCAGUCCUUCCUGCAAAUAGCUGACAUUCCUAGUGAAAUAUUUGCCUGUCGAAAAAAACAUGUAACAGAUGUGUCUAAACCAAAGAGCCUGUCGUACUGCUUCCCGUGUCCCCAUACUACGAGGGGUAGUUGGGUGAUGCCACUGUGGCAGGGAACUCACAGAAAGGUUUCUUCGCUGGUGAAGAGUAUGAAGAAGGAACCAAAGCCAGCCGAGUCACUGGGCUUUUCGAGGUUUCUUUUUAACAACGAGUAUAUUCUUGGGGCCCUUCCAACUGUGAACUCGUCCUUGGACUCUCAGCUCCUGCACAGAUCUGGGUCAAGUAGAGGGUACUGGGGAUGGGGACGUUCCUGCCCGUCAAAGAUUUGGGGGAAGAAGGUUAAUCUAAGAUACAGUGUUCCAUCUGAACUGAGAGUGACAUUCUCGAGGGGUAAGUCUAAGACCAGUUCUUUGUGGAGAUGGUGCCAAGGAGGUGCAGGAUGGAGCUGGGAGACUGCGUGGGGGCCGGUCAGCGAGCUCUGCACCGGGGCGAACACCAAGGAGCUGUCAGGGUACUCGGAGUCUUCACUGUAAGGAGUCGGGGCUUCCAGGACGGGGCAGACCGCCAGUACAGCUCCCAGGAACAUGCCGGAGUUUUCUGUGUGUUUUUAAAUCGUACGGAGUUGUGUUUUCAGCACUCUCUUGGUCAGGACACCCAAGCAGUUAGUCUAGUUUCUGUCAUUAGUGUUACACAGAGUUCUGGUCGGCGCGUGUGAUCUCCGUGUCUCCUUUUUGCCAAGCACAUUCUGAUUUUCUUGCUCAAGGGCAGAUCUGGUUUCCAAUGGAAUCGUUUUUGUUGUUGUUCCUUAUCUUUCCUCUGCAAGGGAUAGGAAUUACUGCUUUUUCAAGAAACCAGAUGCAGGGGGGAAAAAAACCACAAAACACUCCACUCCUGUCCCCCAUCCAAUAGAUACAUCAUUUAAGAUGUAGAGGAAAAGACAAUACCAAGAUCUUCUAUUGCUACCUUAAUCAUCUUGCUAGCGUUGUGUGGCUUUAAGGAUUUUAGUGAUUUUCAGUCUUAGUUAAUAAGUUAGCAUUUUGGACUUACUAAGAUAAAAAUCCCCCUGUGUCUGCUGAAUAUGUAUGUGCUUAGUGUGGCUCUGGACUGUGCCUGGGGCUCGCCGUCUCUGGCCCUGGCAGGCCAGGAGAGGCCCUGUGAAUUCACUGAGCAGCUGGCCGGGGCACAGCUUCUGUCCUUCAGGGUGAGAGAGAAAGUGGGGGAGUGUGAAGAGCAGCCACUUGAGGCUCGUCAGGACCCCUGAUCACUCGAGUUUUUAAUAGCUCCCAAGAGGGGCCGCUGUCCGUGCUCAGCUGAGAGCCAGCCCCAGGAGCAAGAGCUCCUUUCCAGACCGUUCUGGCCGCCCAUCGCCAUCCAUUGCCCGCCCGAGAGGGGCUGUGCUUGGCUGCCCUUCACCAGGCAAGCACAGUAGUGGGUGUCUUCUUCGGCGUUAUUAUGCAAAAACCCGCGGUUAGGAUGGUUUGUUUUCAGUUGGGAAAUGGAGUUGCCUCUCAGUGACAGAUGCGGCCGAGCCUGCUUCCCGUUUCGGUUUUGUUUUGAACUGAUGGGUGGUGCAGCAUGUGUACAUGCUUGUGUGUCGCUAAACUUACGUAAUGUGUGGUUUUGAUUCAGCUCGAAAAAUGAUCUCACUACGUGUAGCAGUUCAUUACAUGUAAUGUUAGUAACUCCUGCUCUGAACCCUUGAUAUUGCGAUGGAACUCCAACUUUAUUAAAUGUAUUUGAUAUGCUAGUUACUGUGUGCGAUUUACACUUCUUUUGCUUUCCCCCUUUUCUGGUUGUGUGCUUCCUUUUACAACAAGCCUCUAGAAGCAGUUUCUGAGAAUUACUGAGUUAUGUUUGUAAUGCAGAUGUACUUAGGGAGUAUGUAAAAUAAUCAUUUUAACGAAAUAAAUAGAUAUUUAAAAUUUAAUACUAACUACGGGAAAAGGGUCCAUUGUGUAAAACAUAGUUUAUCUUUGGAUUCAAUGUUUGUCUUUGGUUUUACAAAGUAGCUUGUAUUUUCAGUAUUUUCUAUAUAAUAUGGUAAAAUGUAGAGCAAUUGCGAUGCAUCAAUAAAAUGGGUAAAUUUUCUGAUC